AUGGGGUUCGGUGAUUUCAACACCAUCUGCGAAAAAGCGGCAUUGCCGCUUUGCGCCCUGGUGGGCCCCGCCUCAUCGAUUACAGGUUCCACCGGAAUCAUUCCCAACUGCUAUGCGAGGAAUGUCGAGGUCGCCAACACGAUCAUCUUCGAGGGCGCUGCAUCGUUUGUCCAUAUUAUUGCGCUGGGAAUGACGGUGAUUAUGAUCUUGCACAUCCGGUCCAAGUUCACUGCAGUCGGUCGCAAGGAGAUUAUCACGUUCUUCUAUAUCUACAUGCUCUUGACAAUGUGCUCUUUGAUCAUCGAUGCGGGAGUUGUUCCCCCUCGGAGCGGGCCGUUCCCAUAUUUUGUUGCCGUUCAGAGCGGACUGACCUCCUCGCUGUGUACAUCUUUACUUGUCAACGGGUUCGUGGGCUUCCAGCUCUAUGAGGAUGGAACUGCCCUUUCCGUCUGGCUACUGCGGUUGACAUCAGUGGCCAUGUUCGCCAUAUCCUUCCUCGUGUCGCUACUGACCUUCAAGUCGUGGGGUGGUCUGAGUCCGACCAGCACCGUCGGCAUGUUCGUGGUUUUGUAUCUGUUGAAUGCGGUCUGCAUUGCCGUGUAUCUAGUCAUGCAGUUGCUGCUGGUGAUGAACACCCUCGAGGACCGCUGGCCGCUGGGCCACAUCUGUUUCGGCGUGUUGGUGUUCAUCUGUGGACAGGUCAUCCUGUACGGAUUCAGCGACACCAUCUGCGACAACGUCCAGCACUACCUUGACGGACUUUUCUUCGCCACAUUCUGCAACCUACUUGCCGUCAUGAUGGUCUACAAGUUCUGGGAUUACAUCACCAAGGAAGAUCUGGAAUUUUCCGUUGGCAUCAAACCCAACACGUGGGAAGUGAAAGAACUCCUCCCCGAAGAGGACCGCCGACAGACGGGCUUCCAGGAUUCGAACUCGGAGUACGCCGGAAGCAUGUAUCACCAUCGCGCGUCGACCUAUAACGUCCACCAGUAUUAACCUUCCACCGCAUUGUCUUUUUUACCCGUUUAUCAUAUUAUUUUAUCUUUUUUUUUUUCUCGCACAAAUUCAUAAAUUUGAGUUCACUAGCGGGCACGAACUGAACUCUUUCCGACGGAACCCGUUUUCUUCAGACAAUACCGACGAAUGGAUCCGAGCGCUAUGUUGCGUAUACUGCAUUUCUCAUCACCCUUCAUUUGGUUUUAGCUGUUGCCUAGACACUUCCCGGUGAAUUAGCAUCUGUCAUAUAAGCUUCUUACGCUGCGCUGUAUAUCUGGUU